AUGGGUAUUCAGCAGAAGCUUUUCUUCUUCCAUGAGUUAAGUCCUGGUAGUUGUUUCUUCCACCAUCGCGGAGCAUACAUUUACAAUACGUUGAUUGAUUUUAUCCGUGGUGAAUACUGCAAACGAGGUUUCCAAGAGGUUGUGACUCCAAAUGUUUAUAAUACCAAAUUGUGGGAAACUUCUGGUCACUGGCAACAUUAUGCUGAAAAUAUGUUUGCUUUUGAAGUAGAAAAGGAAAAGUAUGCCCUGAAACCUAUGAAUUGUCCUGGGCAUUGCUUAAUGUUUGGAUAUACCAGUCGGUCAUGGCGAGAAUUGCCUCUUCGUAUGGCAGACUUUGGUGUACUCCACCGUAAUGAACUUUCUGGAGCCCUCAGUGGUUUGACUCGAGUACGAAGAUUCCAGCAGGAUGAUGCACACAUCUUCUGUACUCCUGAGAUGAUUCAGAAUGAAAUUAAGGGAUGCCUUGAAUUUUUGUCAGCUGUUUAUAACAUUUUUGGAUUUGACUUUGUACUUAAAUUGUACCGUCCAGAGAAAUUCUUGGGAGAUAUUGCAUUUUGGAAUGAUGCAGAAGAGCAGCUUAAAAACUCCCUUAAUGACUUUGGUAAGGAGUGGAAACUUAACCCUGGUGAUGGUGCCUUUUAUGGUCCAAAAAUUGACAUCGUUGUUACAGAUGCUUUAAGACGGCAACAUCAGUGUGCUACCAUUCAGCUUGAUUUCCAGCUUCCAAUUCGUUUUGACUUGCAAUAUGUGUCAGAGACUGGAGAAAAGAAGCGUCCUGUAAUCAUUCACCGUGCUGUUUUAGGUUCUGUGGAGCGAAUGAUUGCCAUCCUAACUGAGUCUUAUGGGGGAGAAUGGCCAUUUUGGUUAUCCCCUCGCCAGUGCAUGGUUAUACCUGUGGCUCCACCCUUCGAUGAUUAUGCAAAGAAUGUUUCUAAGCAGCUUCAUGAUGCUGGGUUCCAGGCAGACUAUGACACUGAUCCUGGUGACACCAUGAAUAAAAAAAUAAGAAAUGCACAGCUUGAGCAGUACAAUUUCAUUUUUGUGGUUGGAGAAAAAGAGAAGACCAACAAUACUCUCAACGUGCGUACUCGUGACAACAAGGUACAUGGUGAGCACAGUAUUCCAGAUGUCAUACAAAAGUUGUCUGUUCUUAAAGCUGACCGUUGUAAAAAACUGGGAAGAUUCAUUUUGAUAUGAGUUAAAGUACUUAAUAUAAUACUUCAUAUACGGUAAGUGCUAUUAAUUAUUGAUUAAUUAUUGGUUUGACCUAAUUUUUUAGUUAAUGCAUUCCAUCUGAUGAAGUAUUUUGUUUUCAACCCAUGGUAAUUAUUGCAGUACAUUCGUCCCUACAAAUUCUUAGGGGUCACAUUCGUAGAGGUCCGGUGAAAUAAAAAAACCACAAGUAAUACAAAAUUAACCCUGUAUAUGUACUUUUUUCUCUCCUAAAGUUUCAGGCAUUUUAGUCACCUACGACAAGCAUGGCUUGUGGAGGAAGAAUUUUUUCCACUCCUCAUGGAGUGUUAUAUACUUACAAUUAAAAAAUAUUCUUGCAUUCUUAAUUGAUAUCCAGGAUAUUCAUUAACCUAAUAAUAUCUGAGAACAUGUCCAGAUGAUCAAAUGAUUGCACUAGGGCUGAUGCUGCUUCACUAUACGAUCCUUAAUUCCAUUCAAUUUAUUUCACAUCUUUUGUAAGAAGGCAUAAAAAGAGAUGAAAUUUACAUUUACUAAAUCCUAAGAUCCUCAUCUUUUAGACAGAUUUGAGUCAUGUACAUGUUUUACUACUGUUUCAUUCUAAGGUAAUUAUCAGUUUAUGAAAUAUUAACCUUAAAAUUACUGUACUGAAUUCUAGUUCAGAAUUGAAAGUGUUCAACUGAAAAUGCUCUGAGACAAGAAUUUAAACACACACACACACAAAAAAAAUAUAGCCUUUAUGUAAUUGUAAGUCCUUCAUGAUCAAGGAGAGAAGAACUUUUCAUCUACUUGCCUGUGAGACCAUAUCUAAUAGAGCACUCUAAUCUGGUUAAUACUAGUACAUAUUGAUAUGAAAAGUAAGGACCUGAGUGACAGAUUUGGGCAUGAGAAAUAUAUCAAACCAGAAAACCUGUUGAAUUAUUAAAUCUGUUUGCAAAUUGCCCAUCAAUAAAAACUAGAUAGUAGAAACCUGUAAAUAAGGAAGCUCUUGAAUUUGUAGAGACAUCUGUACAUACCACUAUUUAAUGACUCCUGUAUAAUUUUAAUGUAAUAUAAAAUGGUAAUUUUGCUUUAUUUAAUAUUUAAUAAAUAAUGAUAUUCUAUGUUUUGCACAUGAUUUUCUCCAUUGGGGCAAUAAAAACUAACUGAAGUGAGGUUUAGUAAAGGGGAUAGUGUCACUGACGCAUUUUAUUUAUCGGCAAACAAAAUACAGUGGACCCCCGGUUAACGAUAUUUUUUCACUCCAGAAGUAUGUUCAGGUGCCAGUACUGACCGAAUUUGUUCCCAUAAGAAAUAUUGUGAAGUAGAUUAUUCCAUUUCAGACCCCCAAACAUACACGUACAAACGCACUUACAUAAAUACACUUACAUAAUUGGUCACAUUUGGAGGUAAUCGUUAUGCGGGGGUCCACUGUAUAUCGAUGAAAUGAACUUAAUCCUUAACUACUGUGCUCAUUUUAGAAUGUUGGUGGUUAUUACCUUCAUUAUGGAACUGCCAAGAUAACCAUUGUCUCCCUUCACUUCAUGCACAAGAGAGUUAACAGUUAGUGAAAUUGAUACUGUACCUUUGUCAUCCAAGUUGUUGCUGUGUCACAUUUCAGAAGACACAGAGGUCAUCUUUUACUGGUUCUGGCCAUUCUGUUGCUCAGGGUAAUGAGCUGCCACACUGCUUUGCAUAUUCUGCAGUUAAGGACCUUACAGUCUGCCACAGGGAGUUGCUCUUUUUCUAUCAUUUUCCACUACUGAAUCAAUACUUGCAAGAUGGCUAAUAGUGGAGCACUGACACUGUUAGUUAAAGUAGUGGAAAUUUGCCAAGUGCUGUUGCAAAAAUUGUCAGGAUCAGCUAACAGUGUAAAGUAUUUGGAUAGUUUUUAUUAUAAAAAGAGCACACAUUAUUUGAAAGCCCCACACUGGUUUAGCACUUCAUAAAAUGCAAUAAAAGAACAAUAUCACCUUUUUAUACCUAGACACAUUCUUUGACUUCUUAAGUUGGGGUUCAUAACAGCAAUGGUGACCCCAAGUGGUGUUGCUAAGCAUUUUUUGAGGUGAAACCAAAAUUUCUUCGCUGGUAAUAAUAAUAAAAAAAUCUUAUGGCUUAGACCAACUUUUUUUUGGGGGGAUGCAGCUGUGUGUGACUCGAACACUUUAUGACCUGCAUGGGUCUGGUGCAUUUUGCGAUAAUCUGUAAGACCAUUGUGGGUUUAGUGCUUUAUCAGUGUUAGGGAUGGGAAUGAAAAUGAAAAAUAUAUGCAACAUUUGAUAUGGGAAUGCUUGAAGAAAAUGUUGAAGUAUGAAAACAUUAUUAAAAAAGUAAAUGAGACCAAAGUUCA